AUGCAAUCUAUCGCCAUUGACAUCGAAGACGAGCGUGUCAACAGCGACAUGAUGGAUGAGAGCGAUCACGAGGGCCUUCAACUCAAUGGAACGCGCGGUCGCCCUUCAGCAGCCCAGCAAAAUAGCAACUCGGCACCUCAGUACCCAAUCCCCAAGAGGGCCAUGGGUGCCGUCGAAGUUCCCAUGAUUGUCAUGAACCUGGAUCGAACAGAAAAGGCAUUUGGUAACAUCUCGUCUUUUCACAAUAUCCUGGACACGGAGCGCAACACAAUCCCGUUUUAUCUCAACCCCGAGAGCCCCUUCCGCAGGCCCAUCAUGUCUCAUAGUGCCACCAGCCACAACGUGGUGUUGAAGAUCACGGUGCCGAAGCGGACCGGCAGAAAGCGGAAGAAGGGGUCCGACGGCCCGUGGGAGGGCGAGGUCGAGAUGACCGACAUCCCCAGGUCGGGCCCUUCGAGAGAGCAAAUCUACUCAAGGUCCAGGUUGGACAACCCAAAGGUUUUGCGGCGAAAAAUGCAGGACAAUGUCGACAGUUACGAUGUGGAGGCCGUCGGCGUCAUCAAACACACGCACCGCUUCAGAGGCAUGGCCGACUUCCACUGGGGCCUCGAGCAGUCUCCUUUCAUAUCGAGAUUCAUGAACCAGGUUAUGCCUGGCGACAUCACGCAGAUGAGAGACUUCAAGUUUGUCGACGGCGUGGACCAGGGGCCGAACGUAGACAUCAUCCCGCCGCCGGUGUGGACGCCGAUGACCUUGCCCUUCAUCUACAACUACUCUCAGAACCCCUACGUUCGCUCGGAGCUCGAUCAGGCUGGCCAGACCAAGCUCAUCAAUACUCAACUGCCGACCCUUAUCGGCUACUUCCUCAAGGCGGACCAGUACCCGAUUCCGGACGGGCCGCAGUCGCCCUACGACGGCACCGACGAGGAGGUCACACAUUGUAUCGCGCGCAUGCAAGAAGCGAUGGAGGAACGCCCCAUCUGGACACGCCGGUCGCUCAUGAACAAGCUCGGCUCCAUCGUCCGCAACGCCAACGUAAUGAAGCGCUGCGUCGGCUACGUCGGCUACCAAUUCCGGGGCGGGCCCUGGCGUGAUGCUAUAAUCAAAUACGGCAUCGACCCGCGCACCGAUCCGGCCUACCGGAUGUACCAGACAAUGAUCUUCAACAUGCGCAAACUGCAAGCAGGCCACAUUGGCGAGACAUGGCAUGCAAUCCGCAGCCUGCGCACCGAGCAGCGCCAGCCGCAGGGCGACAAUCACGAGUCCCACGUCUUCGACGGCAAGUCGUACUGGACAGACGGCAAGGUUUGGCAGAUCUGCGACAUAUCCGACCCGCUCAUCGCAAAACUCUUCGCCGAGGCGCCGCAGCGGCCCGAGGUGGACAUCUAUAACAGCGGUUGGUAUCACCAGGGUACGUGGGCCAAGGCCAAGGGCAUCAUGAAAACCAAGAUGAUUGCAAUUCAGUUCGGUCGCAAACUUAAGGAUGAUGACUUUUCGGGCAUCUUUGACGUGCGCGACACGACGCCGCCGCCGGGCGCCUCGAGCGUCCACGUGCCACUGCCGGACCUCGAGCUCACCGACGCCGAGAAGCGUGUGCUAUACGGCCGCCGCUUCAAGGAGCCCAAGAAGAAGCGCAAGGGCACCGCCUACCGCGUCACCAAGUCUAACGGACCACGCGGCGUGGCCGCUGCGGCGGCGGCAGGCAGCAGUACCGGCACGCCGAAUCCGGAGACGAGUAUACAGGAGGAGCUGAUGUCAGCCGGGGAAGACAGUCUCGAAGAGGAUGACAGCGAGGGUGAUGACGACGAGGAUGGCGAUUUUGACGACGACGGGCGCGUUUUUGCGCCUGUGUCUGGUCUUGACGAGACCAUGGAGGAGGUUGGCGAAGAGUACGGCGAUGAGGACGAGGAUGGGGAGGGCUAUGGGUACGAUGAAGAUGGCGAGGAGUAUGAUGAUGCGCAUGCCCACGAUAACGCGGGCGAGACGCAUUCCAAAGAUGUGUAUGCGGCAGAGCAGCCCGGUGAAGCGGACAUGGACGUGGCUUAUCCCUCAGAAGCUUUGCCAUGA